GUCAUUACAAAGGAAUGUCACUAUUUUUUGUAGGUUACUGUCAAUCAUUACUGUCAAUCGGUGAAUUUCAGUAUGGUUAUUGGUUGUGUUUAUUUCUUCAUUGCCAAUAUUAUUUAAUUUUCUACUGAGACGUUUUACUCAUUUAUUUACAUCUUUAAGACUAUCAAACUAUCUUCAUCUAAUUGUGGUACUUUGGUCAGUGGGUCGUCUUACAACUAAUCGAUCGUGUUAAACUGAUUGAAACACAACAUCGUAGAACAAGAUGAAUACGCUGCCAGCCCAACCCAUUGGGAUACAAAGUACAGCAGGUGCUGUACCCAUUCGAAAUGAAAAAGGAGAGAUUUCUAUGCAGAAGGUGAAAGUACAGAGGUAUAUAUCAGGUAAAAAGCCAGACUACGCACAAGGCGCGUCGUCGUCAGAAGAAUCUGAUACAGAAGAUUUUAUAGAGCAACAGAAACCAGAUCGCAGGCAGCAAACUUUACCACAGAUAAUAAGCAAGAAGGAAGAACAUCAUAGCGAUUCUGAGAAAGAAGUGGAUGAUCCUCGUUUACGGCGUUUAAGACAAGCAGCCCAGUCACCACCAAGACGAGCUGAACACAAGCCAGAGAUCAUUGAUGCAGAACCAGAGGAGGAACAUGAGAGUAGUGUUGAGGAAUUCAAGGACAGUUCUGAAAGUGAAGAUGAACUUGAGGAGGAGGAGAUUGAGAGACGCAGACAGGCUCUUAAAGCUAAACUUGCUGCCAGGGAAGCUGAAAAGGAGGUUCUGGGUAGAGAUGAUGAUGAGGAAAUGUUGGAUGGAGAUAAGGAAGAGAGUGGUUCAUCAGACACUGAGUACACAGACAGUGAGGAAGAUACAGGCCCACGCGUAAAGCCCGUUUUCGUAAGAGCUUCAGACAGAAUGACAGUCCAGGAGCGAGAAAGGAAAAUAAAGCAGCAAAAGAAAGAGGAAGCAGAGGCUAGGAAAGAAAAAGAAGAGAGGAGAAGAGAGGCUUUAAAAUUGGUUGAAGAGACUAUCAGAUCUGAGCAGAGAGCUACACAGGGUGAACACAAAGAAGGUAAUAUCAAUGACGUGUGCACUGACGACGAGAACGAUGAACUUGAGUACGAGGCGUGGAAACUGCGUGAAAUGAAGCGCAUCAAACGCGACAAGGAAGAGAGAGAAGCUGUUGAAAAGGAAUUGCUAGCUAUCGAGCGUAUGCGUAACAUGACUGAAGAGGAACGCCGCGUGGAACAACGUCUUAAUCCAAAACUCGUCACCAACAAGUCUGUCAAGGGCAAAUACAAGUUCCUACAGAAAUAUUACCACAGGGGUGCUUUCUACUUGGAUAAAGAAGACGAGGUGUUCAAACAAGACUUCUCUGGUCCUACUUUGGACGAUCACUUUGAUAAGACUGUUUUGCCUAAGGUAAUGCAAGUAAAGAAAUUCGGUCGCUCGGGACGUACGAAGUACACACAUUUGGUGGACCAGGAUACAACUGAGUUUGAUUCAGCGUGGAGCAACGAAGGCGCGGCAGCUAGGCUGGCUAACUUCAGGGGCGGCAUGAAACAAGUCUUUGACAAACCGUCCGCUAAGAGGAAGCAUAACGUCUGAUAAUAUCGUACACCUUAUCACUGUACAGUUGAAGAAAAAAUAGGCACCUAUGGUAGCAGUGGCCAAUUGACAAUUCACGGGGUUUGCAGUAAGUUUUACCGCCAAAUUUCC